UGACUCACCGAAAGGAGAGACAGAGCAAAAAUACAGACACAUACCGCAGCUGAUUACUGAUGGUGUAGACCUGUGAACAGUUGGAUGUAAUAUGUAACUUUCUGAGAACACGGCCUGUGUGAAUGAGUUUAAAUGGCAGAUAUGAAGCGGACUGCAGUGUCCUCGGAUCAGCAGAGCGGCUCUUUAUAGUGACACUCUGGUACAUUAGAAACCAGGAACCAUGCUGUCCCCAUUCCAAAUGUGGCCAUUCAGAAGAAGAGCAUGACCUGCAGUAGUCCCUGAAGCAUACCUCUUGAAAACGAAGCAGGACAAGAACUUCAGACCUGCUUUAUCCCCUAUAAUUCUCAAUCCCCCAUCCAUUGCCCUACCUUCCCACACCCUGUCCCCUUCUAGUUUCUUUUCCCAUCCUUCUUCUUCCCCUCCCCUUCCCUCCUUUACCCCUCAUUUUCUCUCUAUCUGUGAGGAUGGAUAUUAGGGAACACCUGCAGGGCAGUCUGAACUCCUCCUACAUCUCUGCUCUACACUCCUCCUCCAUGUCUGAGGAAGAGGACGAGGUGAAGACAGAGGGUGAGGACCACUCACCCCUGCUUACAAACACACAUUCUCAGCAGCCUGGGGGUCCGCUGAGCGCCCGCCACCGACCUCAGGAUUCAUACUGCAUGGUGUACGGCAUCUUCUUCCUGCUGGGCAUCGGGUCUCUGCUACCCUGGAACUUCUUCAUCACAGCCAAACAAUACUGGCUCUACAAGCUGAGUAACAGCUCCAGCACACCAGGCCAAGAGGAACCUCAGAGUGACCUCAGCGACUACUUUGAGAGCUAUCUUGCCAUUGCCUCCACUGUUCCCUCAGUGCUGUGUCUCGUCCUCAGCUACCUCCUGGUAAACAGGUUCUCCUCAAAGGUGCGGAUCCUGUUCUCUCUGUUUGUGAUCCUGGUGGUGUUUGUGAUCACCACAGUGCUGGUGAUGGUGGAUGUAUCAGACUGCAGGGAACAGUUCUUCGCAGGCACUCUGGCCAGCGUUGCUCUGGUCAGCGGCGCCUCAAACGUCUUAAGUGGAAGCGUGUUCGGCAUCAGCGGCCACUUCCCCAUGAGAAUAUCUCAAGCCCUCAUCUCAGGACAGGCUAUGGGUGGCACACUAAGUGCAGUGGCGGCCUUGGUGGAUCUGGCUGCAGCCAGUGAUGUUACCACUAGUGCACUGGCCUACUUCCUCACUGCUGACGUCUUCAUCCUGCUCUGCAUCGUGAUGUACCUGCUGCUGCCCAAACUCAAAUACUCUAGGUACUACAUGGAGUUGAUCAGCACUGGCCAAACUACAUCUGACGGUGUUCUCCCCCAUCCUGAAGCCAACGGCCACAGUGGUCCAGCUGCCACCAACGUGCCCCCUCUCCUGCCCAUACUGAGGAAGACGUGGGUGCUGGGCUUUUGCGUCUUCUAUGUCUUCUUUAUCUCCAUUAUGAUCUUCCCAGCCGUCUCCUCAGGCAUCCAGUCAGUAGACAAUGCCACAGGCAACCCCUGGACCACCACCUACUUUGUGCCACUCACCAGUUUCUUGCUGUACAACGUUGCAGACUUCUGCGGCCGGCAGGUCACCGCCUGGCUGCAGGUGCCCGGCCCCACCAGCCGCUUGCUGCCCACACUUGUGGUCUGCAGGACCGUUCUGGUUCCACUCUUCAUGUUGUGUAACUAUCAGCCGCGGCACCACAUGCACCGAGUGUUCUUCGCUCAUGACUCGUUUCCUAUAAUCUUCAUCUGUCUGCUGGGACUCAGUAACGGCUAUCUUGGUACACUGCCUAUGAUUUACGGACCCAAGGUGGUGCCACGGGAGCUAGCUGAACCUGCUGGAGUGGCCAUGUCCUUCUUCCUCACCAUGGGUCUGGCUGUAGGCUCCGCCUUCUCUGUUCUACUGGUCCACUGUAUUUAAUCCUAUUGAAAAACAGCGAGCAGAAACUAUUAAUAAUGAUCAGAAACCAGCCAAGCAGUAUUUUAAAAGAGCGUAAUCGAAAAUUGGAACAAAAUGUAUUAUUGGAGACAACUGGUUAAUAAUGUUAUUGUUUGCCACAGCAUUGUAAGCCCAUUAUUAUUACACAUUCUUUUAUUUUAUUAUUAAUCUAAAAAGUGGUGAAUGAUAGAGCUAUUCUAUUCAGGAUUUUACUCUUACCAGAAAGUCGAAACUAUUGUUGAGUUUUACAAAAUAGUUGUAAAUUGUGUCAGCACUAGGCCUGUCACGAUAACAAUUUUUUUGAACUGAUCUAUUGUAUCAGAAAUAAUUAAGACAAACAAUAUUAUUAUUAUUAUUUUUUUAUUUUUUAUUUUUUAUUUUAUGACCAUUUAAACUCCACUGAUGAUAAUGAUAAUGAAUGCUAAUGAUAACAGUAUAGCAUAUCAAAGCAUUCACACUCGUUUAAAGAGAACACAAUUUUAAUUAGUUAUAGUUUAUAGGGAAAUAUAUGAUAUUUUCAUUACCUACUGCAGUCUUUUUAUUAUUUUUUUUAUUUAACCUGGCAAGACACUGUGUGUGUAUAGAGUCACAGUUAUUAAAGCACUGGCCAUUGCAUGACUGUUCACAUAUAUAACAGUGAACAGUGUUUUAGCCAAACAAACACAAAUAAACAUAAUAGACCACUGGUUCUCAAACUGUAAGGACAGGUACCACUGGUGGUUCUUGAAGCAUCCUAAGGUGGUACACUAGAUGACCUCUGUAAUUUUCUUAACAUUAAAGCAACAUUGGUCAGUGUUUAGUACUUUACUCAUUAGAACCUGUAUGUAAACUAUACUUCAGUCCUACACUUACAGAACUACAGUUUUAUAAUUAUUAACAUCAGCAUGUGUGUGGUACAUAUAUUCCUGUGAAAUGGAAUGUAAGUGGUACCUAGAUUUUUUAGUUUGGUCAUUGGUGGUACUUUGUUCUAAAAAAGUUUGAGAACCACUGCAAUUGACGAUCACAAAUAUCAAAAAUGGUUGAGUUCAUGUCCAUUUAUUGUUAGAUGUUGAUAAUGUGAUUAUCGUGACAGGCAUAGUCUGCACAUUUCUUUUUUCUUUUUUUUUCAUUUUAAUAAUAUUUUAAACAUUCAAAAAAUAUUUUUAUUUUGUUCUUAUUUUCAUUUAUGUCUUGUUAAUAACUACUGUUCAGUUUGUCUGCUUGUCUGAAAGCACCUUUGACCCACCCAGUAACAGCAUCGGGCCCCACUCAUAAACACAUGAGCACAACAAUCUGGAUUCAGUGCAGGAGUUCACAUGUACUUUAUAGAGGUCUUCAUAUUUUUGUGGUGUCCUUAAAAAUGUAAUUGUUAACUGAUUCUCAUUUUUAUUUUGAUUCUUUAUUUUUGUUACAUUUAAAUGUUUUUUAAUUGAUUUCCAGUAACAAUUAAAACUUUUUUAAAGCUAUUUAACAUUAUAAACAGGAUUUUUUUUUACAAUACACUGAAGUAUAAUUGCCUGAAUCAACUGGGCCUUUUCACCAACCAUAAUUAAAAAUACAUUUCGUCUUAAAUCAAUAAUACUUUUUACAAAAAAAAUGAUAUUCACAAAAUCUUUAAAUAAUUUUCUUAUAUGAGAUUUGUUUACAAGAAAAAUAGAUCAAAAAUAACCAUUGACUUAGUAAGUAGUAGCUAGAGGUGGGCAAUAUGACAGUAUUGUAUAGUAUUGUGAUUAUUAUGAAUAGUAAUGUUUUUUUCUGAGCAUUUUCUAUUAAUAUUGUCAGUACUAAUAGAAAUAACGAAGAGCAUAAUUAAGCUUGUUUAAUAAGAAAAACUGGAACAAAAUGUGUGUGUUAAAAUUGUUCAAAUCUUCUGCCACUGAAGCAUUUGUCAAUGUCAAAAUAUCACUAAAAUAUCACUAUCAAUAAGUGCCAUAUAUCUAUAAUGACUUUAAAUAUAGUAUGUAAUACAAUAUUUGUCCAUUUUGCCCACCCCUAUUUAAAAGCAUAAGGUUAGAUUUGAAUAUAUUAAAUAUAUUACAGUAAAUGAACAGAGCUAAAAUAGAAAAUCAUAUUUGAUUUGGAAUGGAUCCUGAUGGUAUAUAUAUUUUUUUUGUUUAUUUGUUUUGGUGCUCUUGUUAUUGUUGCCGUUUUCCUUUUCUUUUCUUUUUUUUUUUUCUCUAAAUCCGACUUUGGUCAAAGUUUCGUGCCACAAAAUGGGUUUUACUGGACAUCGUUCCACAUUCUGCACGUGAAAAUACUGCACAAAGAAAUGUGUCUUUUGUCUUUAAUCAGGAUUAGUUUACCAUCCUGUGGUGCUUUGGGUGAAAGCAGGUGCUGAUCAGUAACACUACACAGCUUUUGGACGUCUGCCUCUCUAAAUGAAAGGAGAGAAACAAAAACACAUGGGUGGGAGAUAUGAAUAAGUAUGUUUCACUGCAUUUCAUUACAUUCUUAAUGCUGCAUCCAGCAGCUCUGAUCAAUCAUGUAAUUAAUCUGUGUCUUACUUUAUUGUUUACAAAUUCUUGAUCUAAUUCUAUUGUAUUCUAUUGUUUUUUUGGGUGGAAAGGUUUUUAUAAAGAAGUAAAGAAAAAUGUUGUUUA